AUGACCGUGUAUGCACUCUACAUUCUCAACAAAGCCGGCGGUCUCAUUUUCCAGCGAGAUUACGGCACAGAGCUCGCCAAACUGUCGUCAAACGACUAUCUUGUGCUGGCCGGUACGUUCCAUGGAGUGCACGCCAUCUCUGCCAAACUGUCGCCGAUUGAAGGGUCAUCAGGCAUCCAGACAAUGGAGACGGAAAAAUACGCGCUCACGUGUUUCCAGACGGUCACUGGCAUCAAAUUUUUACUCAUCACAGACCUGCGACAGCAGUUUGUCGACUCGGUGCUCAAACGGGUCUACCAGCUGUUUGCGGACUACGUCAUGAAAUCGCCAUUCUACCAGCUAGACAUGCCAAUCCGAUGUACCCUUUUCGACCUGCAUCUCAACAAGUACCUCGAGUCGGUGAGCUAG